GACAAAAUGGAAGCAAACUCCUCCAUCCCUCCGAGUGUAUCAGAACUUGUGGUCUAUGAGUCUACCACCUCCCGAGUUCUAUGGAUCCUCUCUAUGGUGGUCAUUUCCAUUACUUUUUUCAUUGGUGUGCUGGGCAAUGGGCUUGUGAUCUGGGUAGCAGGAUUCCGAAUGGCACACACUGUCACCACUAUUUUUUAUCUGAACCUGGCUUUGGCUGACUUCUCUUUUACGGCUACUCUACCAUUCCUCGUCGUCUCAAUGGCCAUGAAAGAAAAAUGGCCCUUUGGCUGGUUCCUGUGCAAAUUAGUUCACAUUGUGGUAGACAUAAACCUAUUUGGAAGUGUCUUUCUGAUAGCUCUCAUUGCCUUGGACCGUUGUAUUUGUGUUCUGCAUCCAGUCUGGGCUCAGAACCACCGUACCGUGGGACUGGCUAAGAAGAUGGUUUCUGGACCCUGGAUUUUUGCUCUGGUGCUUACUUUGCCCCUUUUCAUCUUCUUGACUACAGUUAAAGAUCCAAGAGGGGAUGUGUACUGUACAUUCAACUUCGUAUCCUGGGGUAACACUGUUGAGGAGCGGUUAAACACAGCGAUCACCAUGCUAACAGCUAGAGGGAUCAUUCGGUUUGUUGUUGGCUUCAGCAUGCCCAUGUCCAUUGUUGCCAUCUGCUAUGGACUCAUUGCUGCCAAGAUUCACAGAAGAGCCCUUGGUAACUCCAGUCGUCCUUUACGUGUCCUUACUGCAGUUGUGGCUUCCUUCUUUAUCUGUUGGUUCCCCUUUCAACUGGUGGCCCUUUUAGGCACAGUCUGGCUCAAAGAGACACUGUUUAGUGGUGGGCAUAAAAUUCUUGAUAUGUUGGUUAACCCAACGAGCGCAUUAGCCUUCUUCAACAGCUGUCUCAAUCCAAUGCUCUAUGUUUUCAUGGGCCAGGACUUUAGACAGAGACUGAUCCAUUCCUUGCCCUCUAGCCUGGAAAGAGCCUUGAGUGAGGACUCUGCCCAGAUAAGUAAUACAGGCACCAAUUCUGCUUCAUCUCCGGAAGACAUUGAGACAAAGGCGAUAUGAGUAGAGGACUUCAGAAUGCUUUUCGUCCCACUACAGUCCUACUCCAUUUUUAUCUUACCUUAUAUUGUUUCCUAAAGCAUUGUUAACCUGGAAAAAUCUUCUCUGUCCCCUGAAUUUGGGAAAAGAAAUAAAAAUCAGAGUAAAUAUUGCUGUCCUUUUGAAGCUUUUUCAACUAAACCUAUAGCCUGAAAUAAGACUAAGGUGGUAAAAAAUUAUAAGAGAGAAAAAGAAGAAUAUAUAUUUACAAGAAUGAAAUAAGAUAGAAGAUAUUAAAAACCAAAAUUCUAUUUCAGGAGCUGGAGAGAUGGCUCAGUGGCAAAGAUAAACUUGUGCUUCAGCAGAGAGCCUGGUUUUAGUUUCAGGUACCCAUACCACUGAACUUAUAGAUGCUAAUAAUGCCAUCUCUAAGGCAUUCAAUGAUGCCAGCCUCUGUAAGCAUUUACAUUCACGUGCACAAGCCUCUAUACAAACCAAACAAAAACCUCAAAUAAUUAAAAAUAAAAUAAAACAUUAAAAAUAAUUUUAUCACUAACAAGUAAAAAUUUUCUGGGCAUGUAUGUGAUCUCAGCAUUUGAGAGGCAGAAACAGGAGAGACUAAUUCAAGACCAGUCCCCAAAACAAAGUUAUGUGGUUUGCAGGGAAAGAGAUGCAGCUACAGAUAAUCACAUUGUAUGAAUUAAAUCAGGCACAGAAAGACAGAUAUUGUAUGUUAUCUCUUAUUUGUGGUAUUUAAAUUUUAUAUAGAA